UUAGUAUACACAGAUAAGCCGGUGUCCCGUCAAAUUAUCGCGGUAAUAAUAUGGCGGAAAUAACGUCGCUGUUCAUUUCAUAACAAAUCAAUAAUCUCGAGCGUCAUUAUUAUCGCAGAAUUUAUUAUUUACAAGAUAUUAAGUUACAAGAUAACAAUAAUUUGUUUGUUUCGUAUAUAAACGCCUGUACACGACAGUAUUCGUUUGGUAAUAUAACACAGCACACAGCCUGCACCAUGGAGUAUAUUACCAACCCAAAAAGGUGGAAUGGAAUAAUACUAAAAUAUUAAUCUAUUUUGUACCAAAAAGAACGUGAAAGUGAAACAAGAGGUAAAAUCAUUUGGAAGUGUUUGGAAUAUACCACAAAAAAAAUGCCGUGGACGUUUACAUUCAUUAGGUGAAGUUGUUUUUCAUACAACUGAUCAUAAUAAUCACAUUCUCGACAUGGGCAAAAUUAAAGCAAAAAAGGCCAUCCAAAAAUUAAAAGAAACUGCAAAAAAUACCCAACUAACAAUUCACUGUGUUGUGGGGACUAUAACAUCUGAAAUUACACAAAGCGCAGCGGGACAACUACCGAGUUUGAAUCAAUUAAAGCGUACCGUUCAACGAAUUCGAAAAAUCAAAACAUGUGCUAGUCGUAGAACUAGAAGAGCCCCUUUGUUUUCAAUUAAAAUUUGGAAUUGUUAUUCAAUGUUAGACGAUAAUAUUCCACGAACAAACAAUUCAGUUGAAGGUUGGCAUAAUUCUUUUAAUUCUAUGCUAAGUGCGCACCAUCCAUCAAUUUGGACAUUCAUUACUGCAUUAAAAAAAGAAGAAAGUUUAAACCGUUUUAAAAUUGAACAAUAUACUGCAGGCUUUGAACCACCAAAGAAAAAAAAAUAUAAGGAUUCCACAAUAAAACUAAAAAAAAUAUGUGAUGACUAUAAAAAUUGAUCAGUUUACGACUACUUACGUGAUAUAUCACACCAUUUCCAAU